AUGCUCAAUAGAAAUAUAACUAGGUCUAUCUUCAAUUGCGUCCUAGCAUUUAUCUUCUUAUUAUCCUUUAAUAAGGAGGUAAUGGUGAAGGCCAAUAAAGAAACAUUAACUCAACACCAUUAUAGAACAUGUUCUGGGAUGUACUCCAAAGAAGAUUGGAGUGGGAAAGUCGACCCCUUUAUCUCAUUCAAUUUGAAAAAAUUCAAUUCAGAAAAUGAAAAUGAUUCAGGUGUCAUUGUAGCCAUUUUUGAUUUCCAAGAUUUUGAGCAUAUCGGUAUUGAAUUACCAGAUGGUGAGAUUUAUUAUAUCUGUGAUGAAUUUGCUGUCGAUUCAGGACUUUGUACAAGUGAACAAUUGGAUCAAUAUUUGAUUCAAGAUGUAGUUUAUGAUCCUUUCACUGGCACCAAUAGAACUUUAGCUCAUCCAAUUAUGACAUUUUCACAAAAGAAUCUAGGGUUACAUGAUAGUAAAUAUCCAAUUACCAAGACUGGUUACUAUUGUAUUGCCACUGUUUCCAAAUAUGAAUCUACUGAAUAUAAAGCAGUAGUUAAUUUCAGAAAUGCCUACGGUAAAUUAGCUGGUGCUGAAAUUAAUAAAUUGCCCCUUUACGGUUUGUUAGCUAUUGCUUACGUUGUGGCAAUGGCUUUAUAUUCCUUUGCAUUCUGGAAACAUAAGCAUGAAUUAUUACCAUUACAAAAAUAUAUUUUGGCUUUCUUUGUCUUUCUAACCGCUGAAACUAUUUUUAUUUGGGCCUAUUAUGAUAUCAAGAAUGAAAAAGGUGAUAGUCCUGGAAUCAAAGUAUACAUGGUCUUCCUCUCUAUCUUGACUGCCGGUAAAGUUUCCUUCUCAUUCUUCCUAUUAUUGAUUAUUGCUUUAGGUUACGGUAUCGUAUUCCCUAAAUUGAAUAAAACUUUGAUGAGACGUUGCCAAAUUUAUGCAUGCGUAUCAUAUGUCCUAACAGUAGCCUUCUUGAUUCAAAGUUAUUUGCAAGAUCCAGAAAAGACUUCCUAUCUAUUAUUAAUCACUUUGAUUCCAAUGGCUCUAUCUUUAUUUGCCUACUAUUACAUGAUUUUAAGAUCGAUGACAAAGACUGUCAUUUACCUAAAGGAACAAAGACAAAUCGUUAAGAUGGGGAUGUACCAAAAAGUUUUGACCAUCAUUUACGCUUCUUUGUUAAUUAUCUUAGCUGGUCUUUUAGUUUCUUCAUUCAUUUACGUCGGUACAAAUUCAAUCGAUAUGGUGGAACAACAUUGGAGAACGAGAUUCUUUUACACUGAUUUCUGGCCAACUUUGGUUUAUUUCGGUGUCUUUGUAACUUUAUCCUUCAUCUGGAGACCAACUUCUACUUCAUACAUGUUGGCAUCUUCUCAACAAUUACCAACAGACCCAGAAAACGUUGCUGAUUUCGAUUUAGAUGAUUUACAAUCAUUAGGUGAAGUAGCAGACGCUGAUUUAAGACAUGAUGAUGACGACUUGGAUUUAAAUUUCUCUGAAGAAGAACAUGAAACUGAUGAACAAAAUAAACCUGCUAAACAACCUACUGCAUAG